UAUUUGGGCCAACAUUUUGGAUCUAACAGUCCGCAAAGAAGAGAGAUCUUUGGGCCUAAACAGGGGACCCCAAAACACAGUCUGUCCGAACCCCUAGAGCUUCUCGUCUUGUGUGUACACAGAACAUAACGGCACUGCUGACCGCUGAGUAAAUGGAAGACAUUGAAGAUUUACUGGUGGGUCCCGGCGCCGGAGUGCCUCCUGGUUUCCGGUUACCCGUGAAGGCAGCCGUUGGAUUCAACCCAAAGCAAAGGAAAAAGAACGGUGUAACGAAGCUAACACUGGUCCAAGACUCUCCAGCACCUAAAAUACCUGGCACUCAGACUAUUUACAUCAAGACAUUUGGAUGUUCUCAUAAUCAGAGUGAUUCCGAAUAUAUGGCUGGUCAGCUUUCAGCGUUUGGUUAUGCUCUGAGCGAUAACCCUGAUGAGGCAGACCUCUGGAUGAUAAAUACCUGCACAGUCAAAUCUCCUAGUCAGUCUGCCAUGGAUACUAUUAUAAGUAAAGGCAGAAGUGCAAAAAAGCCAUUGGUAGUAGCAGGUUGUGUCCCACAAGGAAGCCGUAAUCUUAAAGAGCUUGAAGGAGUUAGUAUAGUAGGAGUUCAGCAGAUUGACCGUGUGGUUGAGGUUGUGGAAGAGACUUUGAAAGGUCAUGAAGUUCGGCUACUAACCCGGAAGACAUUACCAGCACUUGAUCUUCCAAAGGUGCGAAAGAACAAGUUUAUUGAGAUUCUUCCAAUAAAUGUUGGUUGUUUAGGUGCUUGUACUUAUUGCAAGACGAAGCAUGCCCGUGGUCAUUUAGGAAGUUACGCUGUUGAUAGCCUUGUGGGCCGAGUCAAAAAUGUCAUUGCUGAUGGAGUGGGGGAGAUCUGGCUGAGCAGUGAAGACACCGGGGCAUAUGGUCGUGACAUUGGAGUCAAUCUUCCUAUUCUAUUGAAUGCGAUAGUUGCAGAGCUUCCUCUGGAUGGAAGUGCAAUGCUCCGAAUUGGGAUGACCAAUCCUCCUUAUAUUCUUGAGCACUUGAAGGAGAUAGCUGAUGUCUUGUGUCAUCCUUGCGUAUAUUCUUUUCUUCAUGUGCCAGUUCAGUCGGGUAGUGAUUCGAUCUUGAGUGCAAUGAACCGUGAAUACACUGUAGGUGAGUUCAGGAAGGUGGUGGAUACAUUAAUGGAACUGGUCCCCGGGAUGCAGAUUGCAACGGAUGUAAUUUGUGGAUUUCCUGGUGAAACUGAUGAAGAUUUUGCUCUGACAGUUGACCUUAUUAAGGACUACAAGCUUGCUCAAGUUCAUAUAUCACAGUUCUAUCCUAGGCCCGGCACUCCUGCGGCAAGGAUGAAGAAGGUUCCUAGUAACGUGGUGAAGCAACGAAGUCGUGAAUUAACUGCUGUAUUUGAGUCCUUUACCCCAUAUACUGGAAUGGAAGGCAAGAUAGAGAGAAUAUGGAUUACCGACAUAGCUUCAGAUGGAGUUCAUUUGGUGGGACACACUAAGGGAUACAUCCAGGUGCUGGUGAUUGGUCCAGAAAGCAUGCUGGGUACCUCAGUUAUGGUGAAAAUAGCAUCUGUAGGUAGAUGGUCAGUUUUCGGAGAAGUGAUUGAGAUCCUCUGCCCAAAUAGUAAGGAUGUCCGCUCACACGAGUGUUUUGAUGAAAGGUGCUCCCCCUGUGCCCUUUCAGAAGAAGCUUGUGCCCGUUCAAAAGAACAAGAACCUUUCACUGCAACAUCAGGUUGGUGCAGUCAGUGCCCAACAGGGGAAUCAACAACCUUGCUGAAGAAUGAUCUUCAGCAAGAUAACCAUAGGAGCAGAAACCUAACCGGAUGGUUUCUGAGGAAUCGUAAGAAUCAGUCUUCCAAAAAGAUGGACUUAACUAGCCUGGAAUCUGAGGAGAGGCAGAUACAGGAUUUAGGUCGCCCAAGCGCUUGGAGUCCUGUUGAUAUGGCUCUUCUUAGUGGAAUAUUAUUGAGCUUGUUCGCAAUUGUAAUUCUAUUUCUGAAUCUUGGAUCUAGGAGUUUAUCAUCUAAGUAAAUCAAUUCUGUAGCUUCAAUUUUUUUUUUCAUAAGUUGCAAGAGGGCAGAGUUUGACAUUGUGGUUUGUUUUGUGACAGUAGAAACAGCUAACCUGACACUUUGCGGUGAUAGUAAUUUCUAUGCUGUUUUUUUCUCUUGUAACCAGAAAAAUUGGGACUGCCAAUGAAACCAAUUUGAGAAUUGAAGAUGGGACAUCCCAUCAGCUUUGAAUUUGCAA